CAGUAUACACAUCGAUGUUUAUCGUUCAUGCUUCUAAAAGCGUUUGCGAAUUGUUUAUUAUAAAAAUUCCAAAAAAAACAUGAGCAAAGCGAUUACAGAACCUAUCGAUGUACCCAAAUCGUCGGAUCCACAAGCACCGGUGACAAGGAAGGGUUUCUUGAUAUCCAUCAAAAGUGGAGAACCGAUUGAGAUAAGAGAUUCAGAUAUGCAUGGGCGCUGCCGCGCAGUUACGGACUUCGAAAAAUUGAACCGCAUAGGCGAAGGCACCUAUGGCAUAGUUUAUCGUGCUAAGGAUACACGAACGAAUGAAGUUGUCGCCUUAAAAAAGGUUCGAAUGGACCAAGAAAAAGAUGGCUUACCAGUUAGCGGCUUGCGAGAAAUAAUGAUUCUAAAGGCAUGUAAGCACGAAAACAUAGUGAACCUCAGGGAUGUUGUAGUAGGCAAAAGCUUAGAAAGUAUCUUCCUUGUAAUGGAAUAUUGUGAGCAAGAUUUAGCAUCAUUACUAGACAAUAUGGCCCAACCUUUCUCUGAAUCUGAGGUAAAAUGCAUUAUUCUACAAGUUUUGCACGCAUUGGAAUAUAUGCAUUCACGUUACAUAAUCCAUCGCGAUUUGAAGGUGUCCAACUUACUAAUGACUGACAAAGGUUGCGUGAAAAUAGCUGACUUCGGUCUUGCUCGGCUUUUUGGUGAACCAGCUACUACUAUGACUCCUCAGGUCGUAACAUUGUGGUAUCGUUCACCCGAGUUGCUAUUGGGAUCGCCAACCCAAACAACGGCAGUGGAUAUGUGGGCAGUCGGAUGUAUUUUAGGGGAACUGCUCUCCCAUAAACCUCUUUUACCUGGCAACACAGAGCUUGCCCAAUUGGAUUUAAUUAUUGAUUUGCUUGGCACACCUUCGGAGAAUAUUUGGCCUGAAUUUUCUAAAAUGCCUGCUUUGGAGAACUUUACAUUGAAGCAACAACCUUACAACAAUUUAAAGCCAAAAUUUCAAUACUUGACUGCGGCCGGACUACGGUUGCUGAAUUUCCUUUUCAUGUAUGAUCCAAAGAAGCGAGCCACGGCGGAAGAAUGCUUGCAAAGCAGCUAUUUCAAGGAGCCGCCCUUGCCAUGUGACCCAAAAUUAAUGCCCACAUUUCCUCAACAUCGUAAUCUCACGAAUUCCAAACACACUUCUCUUCAUCAAGCUGCUCCCGAAUUGCCAUCAAUAUCGGCUAUACUUGGUAGUAUAUUAAAGAAACGCCGCGUUGAAUAAUUAAUAUUUAUUAAAUUGUAAUGGCCAUUGAAAUAAGAACAGAAUAUAAGUCCAAUGUCUUUGGGAGUAUAUUUAUAAA